UUUAUAAAACAAGCGUGAAUUUUAAGUUAUUCCAAGUUGUUUUCAAAACAAUAUUAUGAGGUUAUGUAUAUUAUAACGGAGAGUUGUAUACAUGAAUAGUUAGAGUGUAUUUUCUUAUUUGUCUAGAGCGCUUUUGCUUUCAAAUUACAUUAAUUCGCAGAAAGCAAUACGUUUUAAUAUGAUACCAAAAAUAAUGUGAUCAUUCAUUAAUCAUAUGAAGCAUAAAUGACUCAAUGCCAAGACAAGUACGUUUGCAUAUCGAAUAUAUUCAGAUAACACAAUUUUGAGGAAUCAUAAAUUAACAUUAGCUAUUGGUGCAAUUGCAACAAUUUGUUGUGGUAGUUUGGCUUAAGCCUGUUGCUGUUUAUAAGCUUAUGGUGUGAGACCACAGUUAUUUUUGCUAUAUGUUUCAUAUAGACACUAACCUGGCUUUUGACUUUAUACACAUCCCAGUUGAAAAACAAGGACAUGGCAUCUCUAGAACAAUUCAAGAAACAAAAUAUAAUCACAAGAAAACACCAUGUUGACCAUUGACUUGACUGUCAAAAUUGAGUUCAAAUACAUAACCCUUCCGCCAAGGAGUCAAUCGGCUACAAACAACUAAUUUUCAGACUUACACAAGCUAUGAUUUUUCAAAUAUUUACACUAAAAACUAUCAAUUUCUGCAAUGGAGUGUCAUAUUCAGUCAAGUUCUCUGCAAAUAGAACAUUUUUUGCUUCUUUUUCAUUCAAUUUUAAUAACAUAUUGAUAGUUGAACACAAGCACUCUUUUUUCUGUAUUUACAUCCGGAUUUUGGUCAACGGGGGGGGGGGGGGGCAGAUAACUGUGGUCUUGAGCCAUAUGCUAAACGUUUUCAUUUACUACGACACUUGUUUAUUGCGCAUGCGUUUUAACAGCCCGCUCGCUUUAUUGCUUAUCAGCACAGGUAUAUAAAGUAUUCUAAACGAAUAACUCGUGUUGUGUUACAGUAAUAGUAAUUAGUAUGUUUUAAUGCUACGAGUGUAUCAUGUUCAAAACGUCGCGAACACUUCGGACGAAGAUAAACUUGAUUUGCAUUAGUGCAUUUUAAGAAUUUGUUCUUCCGACCAAUCAGUUGUAAAUGUCUUACUGGGAACCGGGGGAAAUGGAGUUAAGAUUUAGACGGGCAGUCAGGGGAAUAAUAUUUCAUCAACGCAAGUUCAAUACUAAGCGGUAAAAUUAGAAUAACAAGCACCUGAAUCCAGACUAUUAUCAUACACAGGUAACCAAUGGGAAUUUCAAGGCAGAGACGGCAGAUAACGUAGAAGUUUAUGUUGUAGCAUUCCCGUGCACUGAUUAAUCAUAGCAUUGCACGUAACCUUUAUAAAGUCAAUUGAUGUACUAUAUUCAAUUUGAAAAUAUUUUGCGUGUCAGGACAUUGUUUAAAGCAUUAAUUUGGCAACAUGUUUUCAACAGGUACUUGACUGCAAUAAUAAAUCUAAGCAAUCUAUGGCAAGUUCUCAUUGAAGAGGAGGUAUGUUUGUACAUCUUAAUAGCUACGGCAACAUUAAACAUAAACUGUCAAAGGUUUGUUGCAAAUGCUUUAUAAAACUGACAGAUAUGUUCAGCAACAAAGUCCAAAAUAUUGUAUAACGUAUGGUUGACUAAUUGGAAUGACUGGGAAAUACCAUAGAGGUUGUUGUACUUAAACAGCAAUCACAUUUUAAUGUUUGGAAGAUACCAGUAUGCAUAACACACAUAUCUUAUGUAUUGUUGAUAUUACUAGUUAAUGACAACCCGUUUAUUUAUAUAUAAAAAAUAAACAUUACGUACAAUGUAUACAAAGUUAAUCAACAGAUAAUGUAUCUUAUAUUUUACAUUAGUGUCUUUAAUCAACUGGUAUUGUCUCCUCAGCUAUAUAUUUGUGUUUUUAAUCAACAAGCAUCCUACUCUUUACGUGUGUUUCAUUUAUAUUUGUGUACCUAAACAACCGGUAACGACUCUUAGGCGUUAUAUAUGUGCCUUUAACGAACAGCUUCCAUCCAUUUGGAUUCAUAGUAUGCUUUAAUUAAGAUAUAACGUCGCUUACACUUAAUAUGUGUGUCUUUAAUCAACAGGUAAUUCUUCUAGGCUUCAUAAUUAUGCCUUUAAUUGGAAGAUAACGUCUUUUAAGAUUAUAGUUUUGCAUUUGAGUAAUAGGUUACGUUUCCUAGGCUUCGUAUUUGUCCCGUGCUCUAUAUUAAUUGCGUACCUUUUCUACGAGACGGUGGGUUUUAAAGAGACAAGAGCAUUCACUAUUAUGAAUCAUUUUGUGUUGUUAUGUUGUCAUAGGAGUUGAGAUUGGGAAAUGAUUUAAUAAUCACAUGUCAUCGUAACCAUGCGACCAGCCCCUGACUAUCACAGUUGCACAUACAAUUCCCAAUUCUUCCUCGCCGAGCAGUCAAUAGCACUACAACAACGUAUUGAAAAGUAGAUGGAUUUCAGCUAUAUAUGUGUCUUUGAAAACUAUUUUUACUCUUUUUAUGAAAAAUAAUUUAUUAAAGCUCCAUUUAAUUACGUUGUUAUUUUCGCUAUUUAAAUGACGUCAUGUAAUUUUGAUCACCAUUAUAAGAGAUGAUUGGAAUCAAUGACAACUACUAGUAUAACAUAGGCGAACCAUUUCCCAUCUCAAUUCCUAUGACCACAAAAUAACAAAGUAAUGUUUUCACCCCUUUUAAACCCAUUUUCUUUUAAAAACGAUAUUGAUUUAAAUCUUGGAUUAAUGUUAUGAUAACAAAAAUUAUAGAGAUAUUUUAAAUAAAAACUAUUUAUAAUAUUUACAGAAAUUAUGCAAGUUAAGUCUUUGUUCUACAAACGAUAUUUCUUAUAAAAUUGAGCAAUGAUGUUUAUGAACAUAAAACAUAACAAAAUGCAAAAGUCAAACAUGAUUUAUGUUAUACAUAUAUUUAUCAUUCAAUGAUGUUCUGUAGAACAGUGAGUGGAUAUUGAGAAAUAACUUAAUUAUAGAUCAUGAACAUGAGUAAAGCAACUUAAAAAUUGGAUUGACAUAAAUUUGACAUCAAUAUAAUAAUAAUAAUAAUUAAUUAUGAUUAAAUAUUAAUAAAUAAUUAUGUAUUGCAUGGCGCUAACAGGAAUCCAGAAGAAAAACGAUGGUUUUUGUUUCAAAUAACAUGAUGAUUAUUUGGCAAAGGUACACGUUGUAGUGUGGGAAAUAAAUUCAAGGUACGUAUGGCGAUAUUUUUACUUCUACAGCAGAUGAGCUGAUUGUUUACUCUACGAUGCCGGCAAAUAAACGGAACGUACAUGUAAUGCGGUAUGAUUCUAGCUGGUGACGUACUGUAACUGUCUGCUUGAAAUACAAUUUUAAGCACAACAAUGCAUAAUUAUUGUACACGUUCUAAAAUGACACUAGAGGAACUUAGAAGUACUUACUCGGAGACUCUUAUGACACACAUAUUUCUGACGGCAUGACUACACAUGCAGAGGACGUUGAUCUUGCACGUGCGAAAUAGGGAUAAGCUUAUAUGUCUCCCUCGCACGUUCUCAAUUGCAAUUCAAUAGAAUACCAAAAUAAACCCUCCGUUUCCUUAUUAAAGUUUAUGAUUUUGACUUGUAAAUAUUAUCUUCAGUGAAAUAAAUUCAUGCUAUAUUUUAAUUUACAGUGUCUAUAUCAUAGAUGGAUUACAUGGUGCAUGAUAUUUCAUAAUUUGCUCUCGUGCCUUCUUUUAUCACAAGUUUAUGUUUUGUACAUUACUAGAGGAGGGGUAACCAUCCAGAAAAUAAAUAUAGUGUUUAUCAUUUGUUUUUCACAAACUAAUAUUGAUGAAUUAGAGUUUAGCUAUUUAUGCUUUUAGUUCAGUGAGUAAAAAAUAACUGUUCGAUCAAAACAUUUUAAAAAUAUUUAUUUCAAUCUCCAAUGUAAACAUUGCUUUAUAUCUCUUUUACUCGACAUCCGGGGAAGGUGUCUGCUAGAUAUUAUUCUAGUUGUGUUUCGGCUAAUAAACAUUCUGCAAACUGCUGCAGUGUGCAAGAAAUAGAGCAUUUAAAAAUAAACAUAUUUGAGCUGAGGCUCGAAAUAGCUACCUAUAUAACAGUGCUGAUAUAUCCCAGCUAUCAGACACGCGGGAGCCUGCUUGCUGGAACAUUGUGAAUAAGUGUUUACGUUGAAUUGGAUAAAGUUAAGGCGUAGUAAUCAUUUCCAUUUGGUCAAGGUAUGUUUGUUUAUUAUUAAAUAUACUUUUUUAUAAAACAAGUGUAAGUUUUUGAUUAUUCAGAAUGAUUUUCAAAAUAAUAUUAUAUAAGUAGGUAUGCUAAAGCACAGAGUUGAAUAAAUGCACAGUAGGUGUGUGUUUCCUUUAUUUGUUAAGAGCGCUCUUGCUGUCGAAGUGCAUUGAUUGCAAAAAAUAUAUGCCCUCACAUAUGAUACCAAAAUUAUACAAGGUCACCACACAUUCAUUUUAAUAACAUAAUUUUGACAAAUAAUAAAAUGACGUUUACGUUCGGUGCAAUUUGCGUUUGUGUAUUAAUUAUUUUUUUUAUAAAACAAACGUACGUUUUCAGUUAUUCAGGGUGAUUUCCAAAAAAAUAUUAUAUAAGAACGGUAUGUUAAAACACAGAGUGGAAUAAAUGCUCAGAAGGUGUGUGUUUCAUAUAUUUGUUAAGAGCGCAUUGCUUUCAAAUAACAUUAAUUCGCAGAAAGAAAUACCCUAAAAUAUUAUACCAAAAUUAUACGGGGUUACCACCCAUUCAUAUUAAGCAGUAUUGACUCAAUGCUAAGACAAGCGUAUUUGUACAUCAACUAUUUUCAGAUAACUUAAUUUUGACAAAGAAUAAAAGAACAUUUGCGUUUGGUGCAAUUUACAUGAUUUCUUUUAGUACUUGGGCGUAAGCCAUUUAUGCUAAAAUACCGUGUAAAUAAAGAGUCUGUUGCUGCUUAUUUGCACAUGUUAUAAGUCGUGCUUAACUUCACUACUUGUUAACUGCGCAUGCGUUUUAUCCGCCCGCUCGCCUUAUUUUCUAUCAGCUCAGGGAAAUAACGUAUUCUAAUCGCAUAGCAAGUUGUGUGUUACAAAAAGUUAUGAGUAUGCUGUAAUGUCACAAGUGUAUCACGUCCAGAACGUCGAGAACAUUUCGGGCAAAGAUAACUUUGAUUAACAUGUGUGCAUUUUAAGAAGUCUUUCUUCUUCCACCAAGCAAUUGUAAUUCUCUUAUUUGGAACAGAAAAAAAUAAGCUAAGAUUGACACGGGCAUUCAGGUGAACAUUAUUUCAUCAAAGCAAUAUCAAUCAUAAGCAGUUACAAUAACAAUAUCCUGAAUCCAGACUAUUUUCAAACACAGGUAUACAGGCAGAAUUCGGUUAAACAUUCAGUUUAAAAGAAGGCAAGAUAACGCAGAGGUUUAUGUUGUAGCAUCCUGAAAUUCCCCAGCAGUGAUGAAUUUUAGCAUCGCACUUAACCUGAAUAAGUUCAAUAGACGUACUAUAUGUAUGUUAGCAAGCCACUGCAUAAGGCCACGGUUAAAAAGGAUUUCAAAGUUUGUUCAUGGAUUUGGUCUGGUCCGAAGAAACAUCUUCUUUUCAGUUCAAAUAAAUUGAUAUUUCGUCUGUAUGUCCAGUACGUAAAGCACGACAUUAGCGACAAUAAACGAGAGUUACAGAUAUAGAAGAAUGCCGGUGGGACCUUGAAUAUCUCAAUAUGUUUAUAAUUUGAAAACGGACGAGGUUGGCGUGGUGUCCGUGGCUGAUGCUUUUAUUUGUAACGGCGCAACAAGGACCGACAAUGACGAACAUUUGCGCAGUUUGCUACUGAGAGCAUGCAAUAAAGGUGUGAUUUUAACCGAAAAAAGUGGUUAUCGGUCGACGAGAUGAAAGAGAUUUCGGUCAUGUUGACGUCCACAAAUAAGGACAUAAGUAACAUAAUAUUGAACUUGAAGACGUCUGAAUCUAGGUCAGAAAUAGAAACACUCAUUGAGACGGUUACGUCUUGUACAUGUUCCCGCCGAAUCUUGCAGAAGUAACUAGCACCAUGCGCAAGUUUAUGACGAAAGACGGAAAACUUAUCAAAGACACUCACACAGAACCAAAUGCGAUGGGCAAAAUUGAAUAAAAUGGUGGUCUGAAAUUCAAGAAAUAUAUGUAUGUGGAAGGCUCACGGCGAUUACCAGCCUACUAACUGGAAUCGAAUAAUGUAAUGUAAUGAACCAACAAGGUUACAUAUGAUAAUGAUACAAAUACAGUCCUUUGACAUAUAGUUAAUUCACAAAGAGGCACAUAAAUACCAAUCGGUGACGCACUGAACAGAAACUUUAAUCCGGAAACCUUGGCAGAAAUGUUCGUAGAAGUUGAUGAACACGUGUAACCGGUUUUAGACUAAAUAAGAAACACAAAGUAAUGUAACUCUCCAGGACGUGAAACGAAUCAUAAUAUAUGUUUGGCCUGAAAAGCGUAAACAAUGUCUGAGCAAAGAUCCCCGGUCAUUUCUUCCGUUUACGCUAAAUUACAAAAUCUCAUUUCGAUGAAUAUGAAUGAGGUAUUGGAGAAAAAUCUUCUUCAAAUGAAAUUGUUGGUAACAAUUAAAUACUCUUUAAACACAAUAUGGAAAAAAAACAUACGACGUUAUCCCAUUCGGUUAUUCGUGUAAUAAAGAUAAAUUCGAAAUUUAUUUAUUUUCGAAACUUCUUACAUCUUCAUCGUUUUCGGUUUAAUAAUCAAACAAAGGUUAUUAGACAUUUGAUUGCCUUUUCGGAUUAAGCAUUAUAAUAAAAAUAUAAUCAAAUUCAACAUCCAUACAUUUUAGUAAAACAACGGACACACUUAUGUUUAACACUGUACUACAGUCGUAUGUUGUUUUAUUUGUAUUUUCUAAUUGCAAUCCUAUUUUCGUAAACUCCUUAUAUGCAUGACAAGCAUGAAAACAUACAUGGAAUUAUAACAUACCCGUUAUUAUGUCAUCAGGUAAAUUCAAUAUCUAUGAUACAUAUUGAAGAAAUGAAUUGCAGGAUUGAUUUCACUAUCGGGGUAUGAACGCAGUUUAGAUUGUUAAAGCGUGUGGUGUUUUAAGGCCUCAAUGCGAAUUUCGACCAGCCCAAAUGCAUUUUUAUUCCUGAUAAGUACAAUUACACUCAAUUCAUUACUUAUACUUACAUCAACAGUUAAUUUUUUUGAUUUUGAUAAUAAAUACUUCAUUUUGCAGAAUAAACGUAUAGAAUACAGUCGUUUAAUACAGUCGUAUUGUUUAGACUAUAAAAGUUUCAUAUUUUUUAAUUAUUUAUAUGAAAAUACUAUUCGUUUCAUGCUCAAAAGUACUAAUCUUAUUACUGUAUUUUUACAGUAUGAUUUUGUUACGUCCAUUCGUCAUUGUUGCGCUGGUAAUGUUGUCGACCUGUGAGGCGGACAGGUUGAGAAAAUUGGAAGUACAAAUGAAAGGGAUGAAAGCUUUUCAGUCAUACGUAAUGACGAGAUUGGACACAAUUGAAGGAGAUUUUGGUUUAUUAACUGAUAGAGUUUCAAAGCUUGAAUCACUUGUUAACACGUCCGAAAGCGAUAAUCGAGAGACUGAUAGUAUCGAAUCAAGAACAAGACAUACUGUAGGAAAUAUAUAUACAAAACCUGAAAUUAUCGACAUCACAAAAACGCUCGCAAUGUAUAAACAUUCGUUUAAUAAACAUAAAAAGGAACUAAUUAAUGUCAAUAGCGUUUUCAAAGACACAUUGUCGGCGUUUGUUUCGAACGCGUCAACGACUAUAAGCUCAUUAGUUAACAUAGUCAAUGGCCACGUGCAAACGAGUGCUGAAAAUAUAUCAGCUACUUUGCAAAAGGUCAACAAUACAGUAGAAGAAAGUGGGCAAAAAUUGCGCUCUGAUCUUUUUAUAUAUUUGGGUAAAUUCAGCUCCGAUGUAAGAACUGAUAUGGUCAUUCAAUUUGAAGGGGAAGAACAAAAAAUUAAUAAAACAUUGCUUGCUAUAAAUUCUCAAGUCCGACAACAUAUAGCAAAUGAAACAAAUACUCUUGAGCGUUUUAAAACAAAUAUCCUUCAAGACGUACAAACAGCACAAGCAAAUGUCCAAAACGAAACGAUUGAGAUGGAAAAGAAGGUUGAAGAGCUAUUAGGCAGAUCAAAUGAAGUUGUUGGCAUCAUUGAGGAGCAGAGAUCUACAAUAGAAAACGGUAUUAUGGUCACCAUCAGGGCGCUUCACAUUUCCUGGAGUGACUGGUCUGCAUGGUCUGACUGUUCAGGGUCUAGUGACAGGGGCAGCAGAAGUAGACACAGGUCAUGUGAUGUAUUGCCGCCUUUAACUGAUGGCACGUGCAUUGGAAAUGAUACAGAUACAGAGUUUUGUCCAUAUGACUGCAGUGAUGUGUUAAAACUGGGCCUGUCACGUGGGUCGGGUGUGUACAAUAUCACGCCCUGGAACACGCACAGGGAAGUGGAGGUUUACUGCGAUAUGGAUACCGAAGGUGGUGGAUGGACGGUGUUUCAAAGACGCCUGGAUGGUUCUGUUGCCUUCAACAGAAGCUUUGCGGAUUACGAGAGGGGAUUUGGUUCAUUUGAUGGUGAAUUCUGGACAGGUCUGGAUGUUCUCCAUUCAAUGACAAGCCGUGGUAACAUGACGUUACGAGUGGACAUGAGUUUACCAGACGGAACUACUGGAUUUGACGAGUACGCGGGUUUCUAUAUUUCUCCACCUGACCAGUACAACUUUAACGUUGAUAGGAGGAUCAACUCAAGAGGAAUGUCCGAUUCCUGUAUUCUGUCCGACACGGGUAUUAGUUGGGAUAUCAACCACCAGCCGUUUACAACAUACGACAGGGACGCGGACAACUGGCCUUACAACUGUGCCCAAAACUUUGGAGGUGGCUGGUGGUACAAUGGUUGCACGUGCAAUAACCUCAAUGGACCGUACACCAGUAAUAAUUUUUAUUACCUGUCAUUUAAAUGGGGCGAUCCUAAAACACUGAAGACGUCUACCAUGAUGUUUCGAUAGAGCAGUUAAUAUUUGAAUAGACUAUUAAAGCAUUUCAUCGUUUGUGUGUUUGUUAAUUAUCAGUAGCUAAAGUAUGCAACAUUAUAAACUUGAUUUUAUUCAUCCCAAUGAUAUAAUUGAUACAGAUGUAAUGCAACUAAAGCAAAAACGCUGUUCUCAACAAUAUUGUGAACAUAAAUUUAUGAUAAAAAUCAUGGGUUGUUCCAUUGUAAAACAAAUGCUCAUUUGAAUGAACUCUCUUAUAUAUUUAGUAAAGUAGCUAUCAAAACCGUUUUAUCAUUUUUUUAAAUUGUUAGUUCUUGUAAUUUAUCUAUUGUGUAUAUCUUUAUGCUGAGAAACCCUAAUGGUUUCAGUCGAAUAAACUCUGUUCAGAUA